UUAAACCAGCUACGUUAUUAUUUGUAUCCGGAUGUUAUUGUUAUCUUGGCGUUGUGUGAUACCUAUCCUGCUUGAUCGAAACAUUUCCAAGAAAAUUAAAUUAAAGUCGCCUCAGAAGUUCAGAGUUACAGGGGAGCAUGUCGGAGAGGGCUUUGGAAGGACUGCGCAUUCCGGGGGCUCAAGGAUACGUGAACUCCCAAACCGACGCUGUAGAGCAGCCUGACCUUGACUCGGAGGAGGAGGAGGAGGAGGAGGAGGAGGAGGAGCUGUCAAGAUACUUCUCAAGUAUGAAUGGAAACGGCACUCUCUCCCGGGCUGUACGCAUCAAGUGUGAGCCAGUUAUGGAAGAGUGGAGUAAGGAGGACUGUCUGACCCUGCUAGACCGGAUCCGCACCCUGCUUCCUGAUGUGGAUGCCACGAAGUACAAGACCACUGAGUCACACUUCGACUGGGAGAAGGUGUGCUUCGGGCCCUUCACUGGAGACAUGUGCAAGCAGAAGUGGCAGAAGGUCUCCACUGAGGUGAGGAAGUACCGAACCAUGACAGAACUCCUUAUCGACGCCAUUGAGUAUGUGAAGAACCCCUAUAAGGGCAAGAAACUCAAGACCCAUCCAGACUUCCCCAAGAAGCCUCUGACGCCGUACUUCCGGUUUUUCAUGGAGAAACGAGCCAAGUAUGCAAAGAUCCACCCAGAGAUGAGCAACCUGGACCUCACCAAGAUCCUGUCCAAGAAAUACAAGGAGCUGCCUGAGAAGAAGAAGUUGAAAUACAUUCAGGAUUUUCAGAGGGAGAAGGAGUCGUUUGAAAAGAACAUGGCCAGGUUCAAGGAGAAUUACCCUGAUCUGAUUGAGGAGAGGAAGAAAUCUGAUGUCCCGGAGAAGCCCAAGACCCCACAGCAGCUCUGGUACAACCAUGAGAAGAAGACAUACCUGAAGCUGCACCCUGAUGUAAGCCCGAAGGAGCUGAAGGAUGCUCUGAGGCGGCAGUGGUCUCAACUCUCCGAUAAGAAACGUCUCAAGUGGAUCAGCAAGGCGCUGGAGCUGCAGAAGGACUUUGAGACGACUAUGAGGGAGUACCACGAGGCUCACCCAGAGACCAACCAGGACGAGCACGUCAAGUCUGUCCUAACCAAGGCAGAGCGGCAGCUCAAAGACAAGUUCGACGGCCGGCCAACGAAGCCUCCUCCGAAUGGUUACUCCUUGUACUGCGCUGAGCUCAUGAUCACCAUGAAAGAUGUACCCAGCACAGAGCGCAUGGUGCUCUGCAGUAAGCAGUGGAAGAUCAUGACUCAGAAAGAGAAGGACAUGUUCCAGAAGCGAUGUGAGCAGAAAAAGAAGCAGUAUGAAAUGGACCUGCAGAGAUUCCUGGAGAGCCUGCCAGAGGAGGAGAGGGACCGGGUGCUGAUGGAGGAAAAGCUGGGGAGCUCCAGAAUGGCACUGGGAAACUCGGCCAGCCCCCUGCAAGCCAAAUCCACACCCGCCAAGAUGAAGCUGAGCGAUGUGGACCAGACACGUGCAGACCAGGAGCAGAGGGUGCAGAGCCUCCUGAAGGAGAAGCGUGACCGAAAGAAGGUGGUGCGCCUGCCAGAGACCCCCAAGACCGCCAAUGAGAUUUGGCAGCAGAGUGUCAUUGGGGACUACCUGGCCAAGUACCGGAACAAUCGGAAGAAGGCUCAGUCCGCCAUGGAGUCAGCCUGGAAAGCCAUGGAGAAGAAGGAGAAAAUUCCAUGGAUUAAAAAGGCAGCUGAGGACCAGAUGAGAUAUGAGAGAGAGCUGAUAGAGAUGAGGACCCCCCUGUCAGCCCAAACCCAGAGGAAACCCAAAUUUGACGGGGAGCCGAAGAAACCCCCCGUGAGCGGCUAUCAGAUGUUCUCCCAGGAGCUGCUGACUAACGGGGAGCUGAACCACUUCAGCCUAAAGGAGCGCAUGGUGGAGAUAGGCAAGCGCUGGCACAAGCUCAGCCAGAGCCAGAAGAACAAGUAUAAGAAGCUGGUGGAAGAGCAGCAGACGGAGUACAAGGCUGAGCUCGAGGCCUGGGUCAAGUCUCUCUCACCUCAAGAACGGGCUAAUUACAAGGAAUUCUCUGCAGUGAAGCGACGGAACUCCUCCAAGGCAGGUGGGCCAGCUGCCAAAGUGCGGGUGACAGAGAAGGGCAAGGCAACAGGUGUCCGUGCCAGAGCUCCAGGACUGGGGGCUGGGGAGGGCAAGAAAGCGGUGGCAUACAGGGCACAGGAUACAUCGGACUCUUCAGAAGAAGAGAAAUCCGACUCUUCUAAUUCAGAGGAGGACUCAUCCGGCAGCUCGGACAGUGAUGAGGAUGAAGACGAGAAUGAGGAGGAGGAGGGUGAUGACGACGAUGACAAUGAGGAUGAAGAAGAUGACCAAUCGGAAGCCAGUAGUAGCUCAUCUUCAGAGGACAGCUCGGAUUCGGAUUAACCCCUGGUGUUCCGAGGGGGUCGGGGGACUGUGCAGGACACAUUGGACCCCCACCCCCUACUCUUGGACUCUGAAAAUGUUUGGCCGCGGGCCGGCAUGCCCUCAAGGCCUGGAUUUUGAAGACUUGUUUUCUUCCAUUUCUGUUUUAAGUACAUGUGUUUGUGUGUAUUUUGUUCACUUUGUAGAUGUGCUUUAUGGAAACUUAGACUCCCAUAGCUUGGGGGGAAAAGAGAAAAAAAUAAAGAAAUAAAUACAAACCAGCCAUUGA